AUGGCUGUGGUGAAGAAAAUAUAUAUCAUGUCUGUAGAUCGUAGUUGGAUGUAUAAGCGAUUAGAUGUCAAUGGCUUCCUUAAUCCUGAAUUUGAGGUUAGGGUGGAGUAUUUUUUAAAUUUUGCCUAUGCACAAGUAGAUGUUGCCUCCAAUGACAAGAUUCGUUGUCCUUGUUCUAAAUGUAAGAACAAGAAAUACCUACAAAGAAUUGAUGUCACCCAUCACUUGUAUAAAUUUGGAUUUGUUAGGGCAUAUACUCAGUGGGAUGCGCAUGGUGAAGGUUUCACAUCUGAAUUUAAUUCUUUACCAACUUCUAGUACUUCAAUUGAUGAUAUGACUCAACCAACUGAUACAAAUAAUUAUAGAAGUAUGGUUAUGGAAGCAAUGAAUUUUGAUGAGGAUAUGGCUGGAGUGAGAAAUUGUUUCAUGGGCCUUGAACAAGAGGAACCAAAUCCAAGUGCUUCAAGUUUCUAUGGCUUGUUACAUGAUGCUAAUGCUCCCUUAUGGGAAGGUUGCAAUAAUCAUACACGCUUAUCAGCUGUAUCUCAACUAUUAAAUUGCAUGUCAGAUUUCCACAUUAUUCAUAAUUGUUUUGACAAUUUAUUAUCAAUAAUAAAGAGCAUGCUACCAGAAGGUAAUCUCUUGCCAAGCAACUUCUACAACACGAAAAAGAUGAUGUCAACUCUGGGGCUUGGUUAUCAAAAAAUCGAUGUUUGUGUCAACAAUUGCAUGCUAUAUUACAAAGAAAACAGUGAUGGAACAUCAUGUAAAACUUGCGGUCACCCUCGGUAUAAGCCAAGGAAAUCAGGUACGGCUCGACAAAAAAAUCUACCAUUUAAAGUGUUACGUUACUUGCCUUUGAUUCCUAGGCUUCAAAGGUUGUUUAUGUCAUCCAAAACCGCAGCGCACAUGGUAUGGCAUGCUUUUAACCAACAUACAGAUGGGACUAUGUCACAUCCUGUUGAUAGUGAGGCAUGGAAGCACUUCGAUCGCACUUAUCCUUUGUUUGCAUCUGACCCUAGGAAUGUUCGGCUUGGAUUAUGCACUGAUGGAUUCAAUCCCUUUGGGCAACGUUCUAAUCCUUACUCUUGUUGGCCAGUAAUAAUUGCAGUGUAUAACUUACCUCCUUGGAUGGCCAUGAAAAAACCUUAUAUGUUCUUGAAUAUGGUGAUUCCGGGACCUAAAAGCCCUGGCAAGAGUUUGGAUGUGUUCUUGAGGCUUUUGAUUGAUGAGUUGAAAAUGUUAUGGACUGAAGGAGUUUUGACUCAUGAUAUUCAUACUAAGCAGAACUUUCAUAUGAAAGCAGCACUUUUAUGGACAGUAAGCGAUUUUCCUGCAUAUGGUAUGUUAUCCGGAUGGAGCACACAUGGAAAAUUGGCUUGUCCGUAUUGCAUGGAAGGUAGUAAAGCUUUUGUUCUUGAACACGGUGGGAAAGCAUCAUUCUUUGAUUGUCAUCGCCAAUUUCUUCCUCUCAACCAUCCAUACAGAAGACAAAAAGAUAAAUUCAAAAAAGGUGUCAUAGAAAGGAGUGCACCCCCUCCUCGUUUGUCUGGUGAUGUUAUACAAAAUCGAGUAAAUUCACUACCUGAUAUUGUAUUUGGGACAACUGGUGGGAAGCAAACAAUACCUGGAUUUGGUGUACACCAUAAUUGGGUCAAGAGGAGUAUAUUUUGGGAGCUUCCAUAUUGGAAUUCAAAUUUAAUUCGGCAUAAUUUAGAUGUGAUGCAUAUAGAGAAGAAUGUGUUUGACAAUGUAUUCUACACAGUUAUGGAUGUGAAUGGGAAAACUAAGGACAACUCCAAAGCAAGAGAGGACUUAAAAGUUUAUUGCAAGCAUCCUGAAUUACACUUAGUGCAAUAUAGUGGUAGAGUAUGCAAACCUAAAGCCACUUAUACUUUGAAUAAAGAACAAAAACAAAUAAUUUGUCAGUGGCUAAAUGAUUUGAGAUUGCCUGAUGGAUAUGCUUCCAACAUCGCACGGGCUGUAAGUGUGGAUGACUUUUGGGAUGCAUUAACUGAGCUUAGUCAUUUUUUUAGGGACAUUACUACAACUAUACUAUUUGUGGACAAUAUUGAGAUAUUAGAAAAAAACAUUAUUGAAACAAUUUGCAAGUUAGAAAAGAUAUUCCCACCGGGUUUCUUUGACUCAAUGGAGCAUUUGCCUAUUCAUAUUGCUUAUGAGGCCAAAGUAGGUGGACCAGUGCAAUAUCGUUGGAUGUAUCCAUUCGAGCGGUUCCUUUUUGACUUGAAGAAAAAAGUCCGAAAUAAAGCUUCUGUUGAGGGUUCAAUUGUCGAGGCAUACAUUAUUGAGGAAAUAUCAACCUUUUGUUCUCAUUACUUUGAGCCACAAAUCCCAACAAGAUUAAACAAAGUUCCAAGAAAUGAUGAUGGGGGAAACAUUGAACCAAUGGGGAGCAUUUCAAUUUCACUCAUUCAGGUCGACCUUUUGGUCGAAUAUCACAUAGAAGGAUCAUGUCAAAUGAGGAGUAUUCUGCUGCUCAUAUUUAUGAUGUUUGAUAACCAUUUACGAGGUAUAAUACCAGAUAUCAAUGACCAACAAUUGGAACAAUUGCGGGAACAAGACUUUGCAAAUUGGUUCAAAGAAUAUGUAGAGAAGAAUGAAGUUGAAGAGCGCAUCUACCAAAUAGCUCAGGGCCCUGGACGUACAGUUCAAUCAUAUAAGGGGUACUUUGUGAAUGGUUUUAAAUUUCAUACACAUGAUUAUGGUAGAGAUCGAAAAACAUUGAAUAGUGGUGUUUGGGUGAAAGGAAGUUGUUACAAUGAAUAUGAAAGUGAUUAUUAUGGUUUGUUGAAUGAGGUACUACAGUUGGAGUAUUUUGGAGUAGGAAACAAUAUAAUUCUUUUCAAAUGUGAAUGGUUUGACACUAAUAAAGGGAUAAGAGUCCAUCCUCAGCAUGGGCUUAUAGAAAUUCAUCCCAAAUCAAGGCUUGCCUCUAAUGAUCCAUUUAUUUUAGCCCAUCAAGCUCAACAAGUGUGUUACACAAAAUAUCCUGCAAUUAAUAAAACAAGGGGUGAUUGGUGUGCAGUAUUCAAAACCAAAGCUAGGAGCACAUUUAACAUUCAUAAGGUGGUUGAUAUAGGUGAUAACCGGUUUAUUUCUGAUGAGGUCGCUUACCAAGAAGAUGAUAUCUCUCGACCUUUAGAAAUUUUACCAACUACUGAACUUGAUGAUACAUGCUUGCUACUUGAUUCAAAUCAUAUAGUAGAGUUAGAUGAAAUACAAAAAGGGUAA